AUGGCCAAUCACGGAAGGGAAUUAGUGGUGGGUGAGCCUUAUUGUGAUACAUGGGUUCAUGGAAUUGAUGAGUUUGAAGACAACGAACGAAGCAUGCAUUUUGUGAUGUAUAUCAAGGCAACAAUCAGACGCCACCAGCCUAGGGUUUCGGAGGAAGUGGAAGAAGAGGACGCAGCGAUAGAAGAACACUUGAGCGUGACUGAUGCCACAAUGGAACUACAAUUUGAUCCAGAGAGUGACAUGGGUCUUCUCAUAUCCAACACUCUUUCGGGCCUUCAUAUUCCUCUCCUGGCUCAUCCACCCAUAAUAGCUGAAAUAUUGUACGAAGCCUACUCCUGGGCCCUGGAAAAUGAUACUUAUUUUCCAGGUCGAGAGGUUUUUCAUAUGGGGGUGUACGUCGAAGUCAGUGUUUAUGGGACAUACUUGUCAGAUAUUGGGGACAUCAACAUGGACAUAGAGGAUGGUGGUGCUGAGCCUCAAUUUGUACCGGCAAGUAAAUCGUCCAUUGAGGAGUUGGAGAGGACGACAGUCAAUGCCACAACAAUGUGUUCUAUUUGCAGGGAGGAGAUGAUGGUUGGCUCAGAAGCAACUCGGAUGCCGUGCUCACAUCUUUACCAUGGAGAUUGUAUUGUGGAGUGGCUGCAGAGAAGCAGGAAUUGCCCGUUGUGUAGGUACUCCAUGCCUGCUGAUGGAUGA